UUUGUUCAUCGGCGUAAAGUGAGUGAUGAGUCCCAUUGGCAGCAAAGAAACAAGAACUUGCUUUGGAGACUGAGUUCUUCUUUCGAUUGUUAUUGCUGCUUAAAAAUACUCUUUAUUAUCAAGAAACUUCGCGUCGUUUGCUUCGAAAGUGAUAGAAAAGUAAUCUGAAAGUAGGAACAUGGAAUUGCAAGGCCUACAAGAGACGCUGAAAGUAGAAAUCCAGUGCCAUCAGAAACUGGCUUUGCGGGGCUGUCCUGUGGGGAGUGCCAAGCCCAUCUCUCUCAUCAAGCAGCCCACCCAAAACAUCGCCUUCUCUGUUGUACCGGCGAAGACUCCUGUCUCCAUGGUGACUGCACACAUUAAUGGACAAAAGGCAGUGAGCAGUGAGCCGCUGCAGGCUGCCCCCGUCAACCUCCAAAUGGCAAACAAAGUGGCGUCAAGUAGCCUUUCUUUGGGCAGGAGAGCCACCGAGCUGCCCCAGUCACAGGUCCUGGGGACCCUCACAGCGGUGCCCAUCAAGGUGCCUCACAUCAGCUCCAUGCAUCGACUGGUAGGGCAGGCCCCUACCGUUCUACCUCAGGUUAGGCCAAAGACAUUGAUCCCAGACAGCCUUCCCCACAUUCCUGGCCAGGAACAGGUUUCCGGCAAGCUAACCAAGCUAGAGAAAACCCCAGCUGCAGUCAGUGCCAAGAGUCAGGGGUCAGCCCUGCCUACCACUAACAACACUACUGGCCCCGUGGAGCUGCAUAAUGGUCAGGCCACUUCCGUUAGCAUGGCCCAACCCCCUGCUGUCUCCACUGCUAUCAGUGGUGGAGGUGUAGCCUAUGCUAUCAUUUCUGCUGCCAGUGAGGCUGUUAAGGUGCAGCCGCUGUUGUUCAGCACUGACAACAAGGUGAUAAUAAUCCAGCCCCAGGCCACUGGCAGCCCACAGAAGUCACCAGGCCCGCUGGCAGAAGGCCCCACCAAGGAGCCCAUGACUCCCCCUGCCCUUCCAGUUGAGAAGAAAAAAGAAGAAGUGGAGAAAAUUGCCUUCAUGGUUGCUCUUGGCCUUGUCACCACAGAUCAUUUAGAAGAAAUCCAGAGCAAAAGGCAGGAGAGGAAGAGACGAAGCACUGCCAACCCAGCAUACAGUGGCCAGUUUGAACCUGAGCGCAAGCGACAUACAUCUAAUUACCUGAAUAACCCACUCUUCCUGUCAACAAGAGAUACUGAGGAUUUGUGCUGGAAGGACGAACUGGAGCAUGAUGAACGCUGUGUUGUGUGCAAAGAAGAUGGAGAGCUGCUGUCCUGCCAUAAAUGUCCACGCACCUACCAUCUUGACUGCCUCCAUCCUGCACUCAAAGUGCCCCCUAAGGGUUCCUGGAUGUGCCCCAAAUGCCAAAAGAAGGUUCUGAACAAAGACAACUUGUCCUGGCCACAGAAUUUUGUCCAGUCUUACGUGACACACAAGAGAGUGAGAGAGGAGGAAAAGAAGAAGCUGAUAAGGAGAAACAGUGAGCUGAAAAAAGAGUGUGCCCUGCUGGAACAACAGGACCAGAAGCUCAGCGAGUCACUUACGAAAUGCAUGGAUAUGAAGAGCAGCCUUCUGGGCAAGCAGAAGGAGACGAGGGCCUCACUGGACCGGCUAAAGGCUCUGAUUUGCCUGAUCCAGCGGGACCAGAUGAUCCAGGUCACCAUGACGGCAACCACAACUACAGGAGCCUCCUUACUCUCACUACCAUGGAUCAAGCCCAGCAGUACAGUAACAGUUGCCCAUGCUGGAACCUCCAUGGUGUUUCAGAAGAGUGUUGCCCAGACCGAGGACAACAACUGACUCCGCCCCAGGUCUCAUCUCCAUCCUGUGCACCUUUGAGCCAAGCGGCCUCCUUCUGCCAAAUCUCUGGCCAUACCCUGCUUCAGCUAUAGACUUUUUAACAAAACACAUCUGUGAUAUCAAAAUGUAUUCAUUUAAAAACUAAACAUUCAGUUGGUAUGGUUUUUUAAGAGCUGUGGUGGGAGAAUAUAUCCCACACAAGGUUUUCAGCAAAUAUUUUUUUAAACCCAAUACCUUCAGUGCUUGAGAUUUUUUUUACUAUAUUUAUUGUUCUUGGCCUUAAUGUAUUUAUGAAUUUUAAUGAAAAAAGAUCAAAUGUGUGUCACAGAUCCACAGAAGCAAGAGGUCUGUACAUUGAGGUAUGUUCUUUGAAACAUUAAUAAUGUUGUUGAAUAUAGGGAGGGACAACACUAGCAAAUAGUAGUAGCAGUAGACAUAAAUGAAUAAUGAAAAAUAAGAUCAAAAAGAAUUUCAUGCAUAUCAGUACAUGUAGUUCUUACUUUAUGAAAAGUGUUUGCCAUAUCAAUUCAGGUCAAAAUGGGA